AUGUUAUUAAUCAAUAUUUUAAUUAUUUGUUUAAUAGUCUUUUCUAAUUAUGUUCAUGGUGAAGGUGAAAGUGAAGGUAAAUGUGAUGCUGUUAUUGAUCUUAGUCUUAUAAUUGAUUCAUCUGGUAGUAUUUCUCCUGAUGAUUUUAAGAAAGGCAAAGAAGCAUUAAUUGAUAUUGUUAGUCGACUAAAUGUUGGUGUAAAAAAAGCUGGUGUUGCUCUUAUUAAUUAUGCAUCAAACGUAUCACUUAUUGCUCAAAAUGCAGUGUUCGAAUUUAAUAAAGCAGAAUUACUUAAACAAAUUGCUGAACUUCCACAUAUUCGUACAAAUACAGCAACUGGUGAUGCGUUAGCUUUAGCUGGAAAGUAUUGUGGAUUAAGAUGUCGAAAGUUAAUGGAAGGAAUUCCAAGAAUUUUUGCUAUAUUUACUGAUGGUCAAAGUAAUGAAGGUCGUCCAGUAAUACCUGCUGCUGAAGAAAUACGUAAUGGUCCGAUUCAAGGUGAUAUUUUUGCUAUAGGUAUAGGAAAUAUUAGUAAAAAAGGUCGAGAUGAAUUAAUUGGAAUUGCUGGUGAUGUAGCAAAUGUAAUGCAUAUUGAUUCUUAUCUUGAUUUUACUCAUGUUUCAAAUGCUAUUGCAAUGGAAAUGUGUGCAUUUCCAGCUUUUAUUUUACCUGAUGUUAAGGUUCAAACUCAAGUAACAGGAAAUAAUACUCGAUAUUAUAAAAUGCAAACAUUACAUAAAAAAGCUAAAAGUGCUUUUUUUGAAAUUGAAAUAGAUGAUAUAGAAGGACAAUCUAUUGUAUAUACAUCGACAACCACUAGAAAGCCAACAUCAUAUUCAUCAAAAAGUAUUAGCAAACGUACUGCAAAAGGAAGCAAUAUCUAUACAACAUAUGUACCAGCCGAUGCAAAAAAUUUUUAUUUUACUAUUAAAGGUGUUAAAUCAACAAUAAAUAAAUCAGAUUUCAUUGUACACGUUCAACCAGUUGAUUUUUAA